ACACCACAGACUUUUUCGAGGUAUGUAUACAUAUAUGCCUUCAAGUUAUAUAUUCGAGUGUCCUUCAUGAUAGGCAGAGAGAGAAUCGACAUCUACUCAACUUGCGAUGCGACCAAAGCAAUUGAAAGAUGUCGACACUACUCUUCUCCUUUUCGACGAGCUGAAGAACCCUCUUGUCAAUCAUGAGGGCACUCUCCAUGCUCAGAGCCCAUGAAGGCUAACAACAGCUUCCGCAGAUACCUCAUUUCCAAGUCCACGAUUUGAGAAUCUCAAUCCGCCAAAAUGGUUAGAACUUCAGUCCUCAACGAUGCGCUCAACGCCAUCAACAACGCCGAGAAGUCUGGAAAGCGCCAAGUUCUCAUCCGACCCAGCUCCAAGGUCAUCGUCAAGUUCCUCUCUGUCAUGCAGAAGCACGGUUACAUUGGCGAGUUCGAGGAGGUCGAUGACCACCGCUCUGGCAAGAUUGUCAUCCAGUUGAACGGCCGUCUUAACAAGACUGGUGUCAUCUCUCCCCGCUACAACGUCCGUCUCACCGAUCUCGAGGAGUGGGUUGUCAAGCUCCUGCCAUCCCGUCAAUUCGGUUACAUUGUGCUCACCACCUCGGCCGGUAUCAUGGACCACGAGGAGGCCAGACGCAAGCACGUUGCAGGAAAGAUCAUUGGUUUCUUCUACUAGACGGCAUAUAAAGGGGGCGUUUGGAGUAUCAUGAGCAUGUACCUAUCUAGUGCCGAGCCUGGAGUAAUAUCCAGCGCCUCGAGCAGAUGAUACCCU